UGUCGCCUCUCAAAACCCUAGAAAAUCUUAUACUUCCAUUUUUCCACUUUCCGACACUUUCUUGGCAGCCAAACACACUAAUCCUAAAGUAUAUCGUAAAAUGGCGAAGAAGAACACGGAGAGGAAAGUGAACGUGUCGGGUAAGCCUAAGCACUCGCUAGACGUGAACCGGAGCGAUGGCAAGAACAAUUCGAGAACCGCCGCCACGGUGCGCCGCCUUAAGAUGUACAACACACGGCCCAAACGUAACGCUAAAGGGAAAAUCUUGAGUCAUGAGUUUCAGUCUAAAGAGCUACCAAAUACGCGUAUCCAACCUGAUCGCCGAUGGUUCGGGAAUACUCGAGUUGUGAAUCAAAAGGAGCUAGAAUUUUUUCGAGAAGAGCUCCAAAGCCGGAUGUCAAGCAAUUACAAUGUCAUUUUGAAGGAGAAGAAAUUGCCCUUAUCUCUCUUAAAGGACCAUGCUAAGCAAGCUAGAGCUCAUCUUCUGGACACAGAGCCUUUCGAGAAUGCAUUUGGACCUAAGACAAAGAGGAAGCGCCCAAAGCUCCUAGCUGUAGAUUAUGAGUCUUUACUUAAGAAAGCAGAUGGUUCUCAAGAUGCAUUUGAGCAGAAGCAUGCUGCUUCUACUUCUGCAGAAGCAGGUGAGGCGGAUGGGUUCCGUGACUUAGUUCGGCACACUAUGUUUGAGAAGGGUCAAAGUAAACGAAUAUGGGGUGAACUCUACAAAGUAAUAGACUCAUCAGAUGUUGUUGUCCAGGUUUUGGAUGCUAGGGACCCACAGGGCACCAGAUGUCAUCAUUUAGAGAGGCAUUUGAAAGAGCAUUGCAAUCAUAAACAUAUGAUUCUUCUGUUAAACAAGUGUGAUCUUGUUCCUGCUUGGGCUACGAAGGGGUGGCUUAGAGUUCUAUCCAAAGAAUAUCCAACUCUAGCAUUCCAUGCUAGUGUUAACAAGUCUUUUGGCAAGGGUUCUCUUUUAUCGGUACUAAGACAAUUUGCCCGCUUAAAAAGCGACAAGCAAGCAAUAUCUGUUGGAUUUAUUGGUUAUCCUAACGUUGGCAAGUCUUCAGUUAUCAACACACUCCGCACAAAAAAUGUCUGUAAGGUUGCUCCCAUCCCAGGGGAGACUAAGGUUUGGCAGUAUAUAACACUCACUAAAAGGAUUUACUUAAUUGACUGCCCUGGAGUUGUUUACCAGAAUAGUGACACAGAAACAGAUAUUGUGCUGAAGGGUGUGGUACGCGUCACGAAUCUAGAGGAUGCUGCUGAACACAUCGGAGAAGUUUUAAAGCGUGUCAAAAAAGAGCACUUGAAAAGGGCAUACAAGAUAAAGGACUGGGAAGAUGAAAAUGACUUCUUAGUUCAGCUAUGCCAAUCAACCGGUAAACUUUUGAAGGGUGGAGAACCUGAUUUGACUACUUGUGCGAAGAUGAUCCUUCAUGACUGGCAGAGAGGUAGAAUACCCUUCUUCGUUCCUCCUCCGAAACAAGAAGCUGAUGAUUCGUCAGAUGAACCCACUGUGCAUGGGAUAGACAAGGAUGCCGUGGCUGAUAAUAAUCAGGCUGAUGCUGCACUUAAAGCCAUUGCAAAUGUAAUGUUGUUCCAGCAGCAGAAAAGUGUACCUGUUAAAACUGAUCUCUUCAGUGACAAUGAACUCACCGGUGAUGCAACCAACCAGGUACCUGAUAGUGAUAUGGUUGGUGAAGAUGGAGCCUCCGAUGAUGAUGAUGAUGAUGAGGUUGAAGGUAGUAGCUCAGAUGAAGCAUAGACAUUUUGUUUUGGAAAAGGAUGGAAGGCUCGAUUUUUGGUAGUUAGGGCUUGCUCAUUGUAACUGGAAUAUGUUUUUCUUUUCCCUUCUUAAUAUGAAAAACAUUUGACCAAGUUAAAUUAAAUUUAUGUUUUUUCGUUGUAAUUCAAGAAAAGAAAAUUUCUUAAUAUUUUAUUAUGAGCAAUUUGUUUUAUCUAUAGCAAUAAGAAACCAUUACAUCUUUUAAGUCA